AUGUCAAGAUUAAAUCAUUUGAAAUCAAAGUGGUUAAGUUUAACUAUUGAAAGUUUAAGGAUAAACGAUGGUGUGGCAAACCGAUGGUUCAGCACGCUAGAGAGUUACUACACUCCGACUCCUGUAAGAUGCUAUCAUAACUUCAAUCAUAUCGAUGAGCUCUUGACGCUGCACGAUCGAUAUGCACCGGUAUUGAAAACACCGAAUAUCUGUCAGUUGGCUAUCUGGUUCCACGACGUCGUAUACGAUCCUACCAAACACGACAAUGAAGACAAGAGCAUCGAAAUGUUCAAAUCGUUCGCCGAGGAGUCACAUCUCGACGGUGUAACGGUAGAUAGAGUAUCCGAGUACAUCGAUGCAACCAAACAUCAUACAAAGAUACCAACAACCAAUACCGAUCAAGAUUAUUUCUUGGAUAUGGAUAUUUCAAUUUUAGGUCGUGAACCAAAUGUAUAUUUGGAAUAUUCAAAAAAUAUAAGAAAAGAAUAUAUACAUGUUCCAGAGCAACAAUAUAGAGUUGGUAGAUCUUUAAUAUUAGAGAAAUUCAAGGAAUUGGGUGAAUCUCUUUAUAAAACCAAUGAAUUUAAACGACUUUAUGCCAAAAAUGCUGUAGAUAAUUUACAAAGUGAAAUCGAUCGUUUAUCAGAUGAAAGUCAACCAAUAUAG